AAAAGAUAGUGCAGGGGGUACGUUACGGAAUCAUUAUUACAGUAAACCAUGCCAAAGGGUGACAGUAAAGAGAGAAAAGGGAAAGGACCGGCCCGGAGACCUACAGCCCCACAUGUCCUGUCUGAGGAUCUGGACCAGUCUGAUACAGACGGGUCAAACUCUACAUCAGAAGUAGAUGACACUCCUGAGCAAUCACGGCCGAGCAGGAUGAUCCGACCAAGCACUGCUAGUAGUCAGGAAAACAUUCGUAAGCACCAUACAGAUAUGGUAUCUGAAUUAAGUGAAAUGUUUUCACUUAAAUCAAAAGAAUGGCGUUCUAUUUGCUGCCAAGUUAAGAUGAUGCAGUAUCUGUCGACCAGAGAUAUGGGUGAUGUAAAAGAGAUGUUUGGUCUGUGCGAAACCUUGAAGAAGAAAGGAAUCAUCAAGUAUGGGGAGUACAGUACAUUACAAGACAUUCUUGUUAAGUGUGAUGUGGAGGCAGGAAAGACCAUUGAUAAGUACACAAAGAAAAUAUGUGGGGAAAGUGAAGGACAACCACAAGCCAAACGACAGAGGACUGACGAAGGUGUAGGACCACAACAGUCCACAGGUUCUGAUGGAGCUGCUGCAGGUAGCUUAGACCUGUCCUCUUUCAUCACAGAAGAAAGCUGGAGACGUGAGCUCAAGACGGAAUUUACCAAAGACUACUUUAAGGGUAUUGAGUCAAAGCUUGCGGGUGAUUAUGCGAACAAAACACAGGUUUUCCCACCUAAGGACCGCAUCUUUCAUGCAUUUAACGUAACGCCGUUUGACAAGGUGAAAGUUGUAAUUCUGGGACAGGAUCCGUACCAUAACGACGGACAGGCCAUGGGAAUGGCAUUUUCUGUACCCCCGGGAGUGAAACCACCACGUUCAUUGAAAAACAUAUAUAAAGAGAUAACCAAUGAUGACAAAAUCAAGAACUUCACAACCCCUUCUCAUGGUAAUUUGGAAGCUUGGGCGAAGAGGGGAGUGUUUCUACUCAAUGCUACACUUACAACCGCAGCCCACCAGUCGAACUCUCAUGCCAAGUAUGGCUGGCAGAAAUUUACAAACAGAGUCAUCCAAAUUAUAAGUGAGAAUUGCUCUGGUGUCGUCUUUAUUCUCAUGGGCAACUUUGCACAUAAAAAGGAGAGUUUAAUUGACGAAACAAAACACUCCAUAAUCAAAACUGCUCAUCCUUCACCUUUGUCAUAUAAGAAAUUUGAGAACUGUAAGUGUUUCUCAAUGGCUGAUGCAGCACUAUUAAUGAACAAACGAGACAAAAUGGACUGGUCACUGUAAAAGGAACAAUUUUAUACCCAAGUGUGUGAAAACUUUUGCGAUUUUUAUGCAAAAUAAUGAAUCAUCGUCCAAAAAUGAAUUACAGUAUAUAGCUCUACAUUGAAAAUAUUUCUAAUCAAAUUUAUAUUGAAAUAUUAAUAUUAUGAAUGUAUAAAAAAAGCUAUUGAAAACGUUGUGUGUUUUUAAACAAGAGUUUUGUUAAUGUCAAAUACAUUCAUGUAUUUGAAAUUAUGUGAGGAAUUCAACCGUUGCUAUCUGUAUAAAUUCUAUAUAAUAAAUUACACCAAUCAGUUAACAGUGUAAAUGGAAAUAUUUUGUUUUAAUAACUUAGAAAGAUACUUUUAAUCGCAAAACAGUUUCGCAACUUACCCCCCACCCCCCCACCCCACAUAUUUGAUGAAUAUAUACUGUACUUGGUUUAAGUAUCCCUGUCCCAAUGAAUGGUGUUUUUACCUAUAUACAGUUACCUCCCCUUAACCCUUUCUCAUCCCUAUGUAACAUCAUGCAUUGAUAUGGAUGAGUCCAUUAUGGUCUACAGUCCAUGGUUCGAAUCACAGCCUAGCAACGCUGAUCUUUUAAAAACUAUGUAAAACACUGUUGUUGGUUAUAUUUUGAGUAUUUCAUCUUUAUUGUUUCUUAUUAAAGACGCACAAGGUUUUAUUUUUCACACACCUAUACAUUAUACACAUGGAGGCACGUCCUUAAAUUGGCCGUGUUGCGUUUCAGGGCAGACAGAUUCUUUUGAAACUCUUCUUUGUGUAGGAAAGUUGUCCUUGAAUUUUGAUGUCCUAGAUUCUGUCUUUUUUACAUGUCCUCUAUGUACAGAGCAGAUACUGCCAUCAUAAGAUUUUCCGGGGUAUGCUGAUGUCUUUUUUAUGUAGGAGUUGCCAUGUGUAUCUGCAAUAACAGUAUCGCAAUUCUCCAAAUCUGCAACAAAAUGAAAGAAAUUUGAGUAUGUAUGCAUUAUAAUAAUAUGAUGAUUAAGAAAUUAACUGUCCAAUAUUGACAUAUUUAUUAUUUACUUUAUCUCAAAUUUGAAAAUAUACCUUAUACAUGUAUUGAAGUAAAUUCACUUGACCAUUG